GAGGGCGGGGUCAGAAGGGAUGCGUAGAGGAGGGAUGGGGUGAGAAGGGAUGCAUAGAGGAGGGAUGGGGUGAGAAGGGAUGCAUAGAGGAGGGAUGGGGUGAGAAGGGAUGCAUAGAGGAGGGAUGGGGUGAGAAGGGAUGCAUAGAGGAGGGAUGGGGUGAGAAUGGAUGCAUAGCGGAGGGAUGGGGUGAGACGGGAUGCAUAGAGGAUGGAUGGGGGGAGAAGGUAUGCAUAGAGGAUGGAUGGGGGGAGAAGGGAUGUGCAGAGAAUGGAUGCAAGGGGUGA